AUGACAAAAAGACAAAUUUAUGAGUUGAAAGAGAAUGCAGCUAAAGUAAUAUUUAAAAACUCAAAUAAUACAAUACACACGUACUCUAAGACAUGCUCUGGUGCAUCACAGUUUUUCACCAAAAGCUUGAUACUACAACUAAAACAAAAUUUGCCAAAAGACAACUAUUAUGAAGACAAUGGAUCACUGAAGCGAGAUUUGAGCAUUGAAACCGACUACUGCAUUCUUAGAUCCUACUAUAAAAAGAAACGUAAUACGAAUCGUGAAGCAACUUCGCAAAAAUCAAAAUAUUCUAUGAAUCGUACCGAAAUUGAUACUAUCGAUGAGUAUAACAACGACACAAGUGCAUGUGGCGAUAAUGAAGAAAACUUUCCACACAAUACUAAUAUCAAUAUCAACUUAACUUCGUUGGUUGUUGAUAACCUCAAAAAUUUACUUAACGACUGGAUUAGAACGUAUCUAUUAGAAAAUAAUGAAACAAAAGAAAAAAUUGAAACAGUACUAGAUUCUAUAUUACAUCAGCUUGACUUGAAAAGAAAUGACACACCAUCUUCACAUACAUAUACACUUGAUAUUGAGAUGGAUCAAAAUUUUCAUGAAUCAGAGUCUCAAUUACAUAAAUUACAAGACGUACAUAAAACUCCAAGGAGUAGAACUUUAAAGGUCAAAAACAAAAAAUCCACAUUAACAAUACCAUUGAGUAAUAAACAUUUAAAAAUAAUAUCAACACUCAGCCUCCCAAAGAAUAUUCAUAAAAUAAGAAAGACAAAAAGCCUUAAAAAAUUCCGACAUAAGCGAAUUUUACUGUCCACAAAUAACUCCAGCGUUUAUGUUUUUAAUUCAUCGAAUUUAGAUUUCCUGACAUUACCAACAAAUUCAUUAAUUAAACAUUGUGCAAUAUACGAAGAAAAUAAAUGUAAGAAUUUGAAAAAUAAGUCUCCAAUUGAGAAAAUAAAUAAGGAAAUAAUUUCUAAUAUUUACAAACAUAUUGCUGGCAUCAACAAUUUAUCAGAUUAUAAAUCAAAAAUGCUUAAUAAGAAAGAAUCACUAUGCAUAUCUGAAAACAAUAGCAUUGAUCCUUUAGUAAAUGUCGAUUUAAUAAGACGAAGCACAGAAAGAAGUGAUAAAGAGAAUAAAGUACUUCAUAAUUCAAAUUUUAUCAAAGCUAAAGUGACACCUCAAACAAAGAGAAAAAAAAGUAACGUUUGUAAAAAACGAAUUUCGAAAUAUCGAAAUUAUAAAAAUAUAAAAUCUAAACAAUACACACAUUUAUUCAAAAAAUCAAACAAUUAUAUACAACAAGAAAAAGAGUUGCUUCAACAUUUUCAGAGUAUUUUUAAGUAUUUUUCAAAUUAUGAAGGAAAACACAAUUUUCAACUAGACAUAAAAGUCAACAUAUCUCCCACACAAGAAAAAAAAUUAAGUAAUAGCAUACUCGAUAUAGAUAAAGAAAAACUUAAAAAUGAAACUACAGAUCUGGAAACAGUUGUAGUAACUGACGACAAUGGAAAAUUAUCAACUGACGAAACAAAAGAGGCAACGUUUGAUAUUGAUCAAAAUAUUAUUUCCUUACUUGAUGGUGCAGCAAGUCAAACAAAAUAUAUAAUAAGUAGAGGCACUUCAAAUACAACCGGAAAAGAUAAUACAGAAGAAACUAAACCACUAAAAUGCAACUUAAAAAGCUCAAAGGUAGCUCGUGAGAUAAGCGAGCUUAAAAUCAUCGUGCAGUCAUUAGCAACAAUAACAGAAAAACUAGUAAAUAAACAUAUGGACAAGAAAAUGGAGCUUGAAGCAAGAAACUUAACAAAAGAAAAAAUAUCGAAGAGUGUACAAUUCUCAAAUAACAUACCUAAAAGUCAAAUCAUUUCUGGGUUAAAAUUGAAAAAAGAGCCCAAGACAAAGAUCACUAGGGAAUUUAAUCUACGGCUUACGAAAAAAAGCACAUCUUAUAAAAUUAUAGAUAGCGAGUCUAUUUUAAGAGUAACCGAUAUGACUUCAGCUGCAGAGGUGAACACAGCUACAGUUAUAGAUGAAGCACUGACAUGUUCUCUGCCAAAAUCCAAAUCUCUAUUUGAAGUUUCUGUGGGACCAGAAAAAAAGCUAUUAGCGUUUUAUUUUGACGAUUUCAUAAAUACUUAUCCUUGUCACGCUAGACAUCACAAUCCUUCGUACAUAUCCAUACCUUGCAGAAACACUUGUCAUCAUAUACAGCCUUCACAUGUAUAUGUUAAGUAUAACCAGAACGAUUGCUGUGAUGUCAGUAGUGCGAGUGGACAUUUUCAACCAGAAAAUAAUGUUUGCCAACUUUAUGAUGACGAUAAUUCUAGUUCAUCAUAUUGUAUAGAUAUAGAUAAAUCUUGUAAAAAUAAAAUUAAAAUCAGAAACCGUAAACUAUAUUUUUGGGAAGGUUUGAUAUACUGCAUUCUUUUAUGGAUACCAGUGUUAUUACUUCUGUGGCUAUUCUAUGUUUAUGCGAUCGAAGAAAUGAUAAAUCCAAGUCAAUCAAAGAAAAGACAAUUUCGUAAAUUUUAUCCUUCAGGUUAUGCUUCGAAAGUAUCGAAGUCAUCGUUUAAUUUACAUGAUUUAGGAUUU